AGUAAAGUCUACCGCCAACUCGGUCUUGGUUGUGGGGUAGCGUGCGCUCAUGCCACACAUGGUUCGGCAAUGAUGCUAUUGCCGUCUGUACGUACACGAGUCUAUAAAGUUCUCCGUGGGUGCUAUGAUAAAAGAGUCGAAUGAAUUCGAGAAGCUACCCCCGAGACUCAAUUAUUCUUCCAACUGCCUCAUAAUGUUUACAAUGGUGUUACCAAUCGCUUUGGCUGUAGUAGGAACUGCUUUCACAGCAUUGGCACAGAAUGUAUCAACAUAUGUGAAUCCGGCUGUACCAACAGGGACGCCAGUAUCAGGCAAUUAUACUGGAUCUUUACGGCCUCAAAUUCAUUUCUCGCCGCCGCAGCAUUUCAUGAACGAUCCCAAUGGCAUGUUCAAGGAUGCAAACGGCACAUGGCAUCUAUACUACCAAUAUAAUCCUACCGCAACGGUCGCAGGGAACCAACACUGGGGGCAUGCAACGUCCUCAGAUCUCUACCACUGGACUAACCAACCCAUCGCCCUUUUCCCACCAACAUCUGAAUCCUUUGUAUUUUCCGGUUCAAUCGUCGUAGACUCGAACAACACAUCCGGCUUCUUCCCAUCGCAGUCCAACGGCGUCGUCGCGAUCUACACCGUUGCACAAUAUCCCUCUGGAGCUCCCGGUCCACAAACACAAAACAUCGCGUACUCCACGGAUGGCGGCUACUCCUUCACCGUAUACGCCAAUAACCCCGUGAUAGACAGCGAAAGCAGCCAAUUUCGCGAUCCCCAGGUCACGUGGUACGAGGACCAUUGGGUCAUGGCUAUUGCGUACGCGCAAGAUUUUACGAUCGGGUUCUAUACGAGCCCGGAUUUGAAGGAGUGGAAGCAUGCGAGCAACUUCACUAACUAUGGUCUGCUGGGGCUACAGUACGAGUGUCCGAAUCUUGUGCGGAUGCCAGUUGUACAGCCUGCACCGACAGACGCAAAAGAGCUUUUCGUUCUGCUUAUCAGCAUCAACCCCGGCGCGCCGCUCGGGGGAAGCAUUACCGAGUUCUUCCCUGGAACUUUCAACGGCACACACUUCACUGCCGUUGACAGUGCAGCCCGCAUCGCCGAUUUCGGCAAGGACAACUACGCAACGCAGUUCUUCUCCGGCUUGCAGGACGAAGCGGUAAGCAUCGGCUGGGCAAGCAACUGGCAAUACACUCAGCAAGUACCCACAGGCCCCAUGGAAGGCUGGCGCUCCGCCAUGUCUCUACCCCGUCGCAAUUUCCUGACCGGUGCUGAGAGGAUCGGCUGGGUACUGGGCAGCGAGCCAUAUGACUUAUCACCUGUGCUCGGCGACCAGAUCGGCGACGAGAAGUUGGGCAACGGCACAAUAACGCUCGACUACGCAGGUGUGCAGAGUAAUGCACUCUACUGGGAAGCAAAUAUCACCGGAAUCCCCUCAUCGGGCGUGGCUAGCUACGCCAGCCUCAACAUCACAUUCUUCUCUUCCACUAGCGGCGAGAGCCUGGCCAUGGGCUUCUAUCUCGGUGGCGACGUGCCCUUCUGGCUCGACCGUGGGCGUAUUCGUGGAUUUGAGAAUCCGUUCUUCACGGACAAGGUCAGCACGAAUACGCUGAUUGGGAGUGCAGGCACAUGGCGAAUUGCAGGUGUGAUCGAUCGAUCGAUUGUGGAGGUAUUCCUGGAAGGCGGGAGGCAUAGUGCCACGCAGACAUUCUAUCCAAAGGAGAAGUUGGAGGUUAUGAGUGUGCGGGCAGGCGAUUUGCCUACGAAUGCGAGUGUGAGUGUGGGUGUUUGGGAGGUCGUAAGUGCGUGGAUGGAGUGAUUCUCGGGUGUCUAAUGGGAGGAUAUCGAAGUUUUCUCGUUUAGCACGCUCGCGUGAUGUAUUUCCUGAAUGAACACGAUCAAUAUUGAAUUGAAAAUAC